CCCUCUUCUAUACUGAAAGAAGAAAUCCAAGUGAAGAAAAAACAUGCCUUUGUUUAGUAAAUCGCACAAAAAUCCUGCAGAGAUUGUGAAAAUUCUGAAAGAAAACAUGGCCAUAUUGGAAAAACAAGAAAAAAAAACAGACAAGGCAUCAGAAGAAGUGUCAAAAUCCCUGCAAGCCAUGAAGGAAAUUCUGUGUGGUACCACAGACAAGGAGCCCCCCACAGAAAUCGUGGCUCAGCUGGCGCAGGAGCUCUACAACAGUGGCCUUCUGGUGACGCUCAUUGCCAACCUGCAGCUGAUAGAUUUUGAGGGCAAAAAGGACGUGUCCCAGAUAUUUAACAACAUCUUGAGAAGACAAAUUGGCACACGCAGCCCUACUGUGGAGUACAUUAGUGCCCAUCCACAUAUCCUGUUCAUGCUUCUAAAAGGAAAUGAAUUCCCGCUCAUCGCCCUGCGCUGCGGCAUCAUGCUCAGAGAGUGUGUCCGGCACGAGCCGCUGGCCAAGGUCAUCCUCUUCUCAGAACAGUUCAGAGACUUCUUCAAAUAUGUGGAAAUGUCAACUUUCGAUAUCGCUUCUGAUGCCUUUGCUACGUUCAAGGACUUGCUAACAAGACACAAAUUACUGGUAGCAGAUUUCCUGGAACAAAAUUAUGAUACAAUCUUCGAGGAUUACGAAAAGCUCCUGCAUUCUGAGAAUUAUGUGACAAAGAGACAAUCUUUGAAGCUGUUGGGUGAAUUGAUCCUGGACCGGCACAACUUUGCCAUCAUGACAAAAUACAUCAGCAAGCCAGAGAAUCUGAAGCUGAUGAUGAACCUGCUGCGAGACAAGAGCCCCAACAUUCAGUUUGAAGCAUUUCAUGUGUUCAAGGUUUUUGUGGCCAGCCCGAACAAAACGCAGCCUAUCGUGGAGAUACUGCUGAAGAACCAGCCCAAGCUCAUUGAGUUCCUGAGCAACUUCCAGAAGGAGAGGACGGAUGAUGAGCAGUUCACUGAUGAGAAGAACUACUUGAUAAAGCAAAUCCGAGACUUGAAAAAGCCGACGGCGUGAGGCUGCCCCGUCCCCU